UAGGGAAGCCAUUCAAAAUGAGGGUAAAAAACUCACCCUCAACAUCAAGGCCAUUGAGUAUGAUCCUUUGAACAGACCAAAUCGCAACCCAAUAAACACAACUAACAUCGUGAGCAUCCAGAUCGAAGAUGUUAAUGACAUGCCGCCUGGAUUUAACCAGCCAGUGUACACGUACAGAAUAGAAGAGAAGAAAAACAUAGUUACUUAUGACUACCAGCAACUGACUGGACAUGGCUUCCAGAUCAACGUUUCUGAUGAUGACUCUUUCCUGUACAACAGCUUUGAGGUGUCGUAAUACUGAUUUCUCUUUCCUCAACUUCACCAGUGGUCAAAGGUCACAGGCUUUCCCGCUUUAUGUCAGGUCACAGCUUAUCGACUUCGAACCAGGGGAGAAUAAUUAUUCGUUGACAUUACAAGCCCGUGAUACCAACAGACCAGAGCUGACUGCCACAGCUGUUGUGCCGGUAAUCCACCCGCAGGUGCUCAGUACGAUGAUUUAUUCAAUGGACAGAGUAACGUCUCUGCUGUCAGUACCAGUUACGAGUAUGAAGAGUACAAAGUCGAUUCCCAGAUCAGAAACCAGUACGAAACACUUGCUGAAACCUCUUUCAUGAAUAUUUGGUCAUAACAUCUGGCGGCACAAAACAGCAAAAUGUUAUAGAACGUGUAUCGGAUAUUUUAGGUAAUGAUUGUGAAACGUUGAAGGAAAAUAAAACCUAUGUAAAUUUGGUAUUAUCGAAAAAUUAAAUUUAAAGUUACAUGUUGUUUUUGUAGUAGCAACAUAAUGAACAAGUUGUCAUGUAAUUAAACAACUUACCAAAUGAACUAUAUUAAAUACGCUUUUAAGUGUUAUGUAUCCAGAAAUUGUAUGUAUAUACUAGCCAUGUGAUGUUUGUAAAUGGUAUUAGAAUCUAUGCAAUUGGUAACCACAAUAACGUUUUUUUUUAUAAUGCAACAUGUAGAGAAUAUUAACGAAUGACAUUUCUGAAAUUUAGAGUAUGAAAUCAUAAUAAAGCAUUUGCCUAAAAAUACAAAAUAUUGAAUGAACAAGUAAAUAGCAUGUGAACAAUAAAUGGUUUCACUCCUAGACACAAUUAUUUUUAUAAGCCAAAAUGAGAUGAUUCUUAUUUAAAAAUAAGUUUUAAACUACCAUCAUCAACGAGAAUAUUUAAAAGAUCAGUAACAGAUAACGAAAUUGUAAGUAGCGUAUAUUAUAUAUUAACUUUUAUUUGAAAGGCAUCAUUCGAAUGUUAAAGUUGAUGACAGCUCUUCUAAAACCAUAAACAAUUGUUGCGUUUCCAUUUAAAUAAAAUUAAAUGUUCGACCAUGAAUCCCCAGAACGUGUUCA